GUAACCGGUGCAUGCGGCGCUUGCUCUUCGUGUGGUCUGAGUUGAUGGAGCUGGGUUUGAGAGGACCGGUGGAACAGACACGGGGAUUAUUAUUCUAGCCAGAGGGGCAGAGGUUUAAUACUUCCUGGAUUAACUCUGCCGUAAUCGGCACAGGCUACAGUGGAGCAACGCCGGUGCGCCCGUUUAAACGCGUUUUUUUAACAUAGGCUGUGGCGGGACUCUGACAGGUGAACGAGGCUAUAUAUAUAGAUUUAGCUGUUUUUAUUUACCUCAAUCCAUAAAUCCUCAAAGUGGUCUUUGCUGAAGAAGUAGGCUACCUGUAUUUUGGGAGGUAGGAUGCAGUUCUUCUACCUAAUACAGCUCUGCCUGCUCUGACUCGAGGACAAAUCUGCCCCGUAUUCACCGAGAACUGUUUCAUAUGGGCGAAGCGAGGAGUCGGUUUCCUUCGUGUUGGACAUGGGCUCGCUGUCAAGAUAACGGGGUGUCCGAUCCAGAGCAGGAGAAACGAUGGGCCGAGCUGUUCGAUCAGCUGGAUCUAAAUAAAGAUGGCAGGGUCGAUGUGAAUGAGCUGCGCACCAGAUUGACCGCCUGGGGGAUCGGUCGCAGUGAGGUGGACGAGGUUGUACGUGUGAGUGACACCGAUCAUGACGGCCAGCUGGACUUUGAGGAGUUCACACAGUAUCUGCGCACACACGAGAGAGAGCUCAGACUCAUGUUCCACAGCCUGGACCGCAACAACGAUGGUCACAUAGAUGUUGGAGAAAUUCAGCUCUCCUUGCGCAGCCUUGGAGUGAAUGUAUCCACAGAGCAAGCCUCCAGAAUCCUGCAGAGCAUAGACAGAGAUGGCACUAUGACCAUUGACUGGAACGAGUGGCGGGACCACUUCCUGUUUAACCCCUUGCACAACAUGGAGGACAUCGCCCACUACUGGAAACACUCUCUGAUGUUGGACAUUGGAGAGCAGCUGACUGUGCCGGAUGAGUUCUCAGAGAAAGAGCGGCGUUCAGGUGUGGUGUGGAGACAGCUAGUGGCCGGGGCAAUGGCAGGAGCCGUAUCGCGAACGGGAACUGCUCCUCUCGACCGUCUUAAAGUUUUCCUUCAGGUCCAUGGCUCCAGUGGUGUGAGUUUGUUUGGUGGCUUGCGGGGAAUGGUGCAGGAAGGAGGAUUGAGGUCCCUUUGGAGAGGCAACGGCAUCAAUGUCCUCAAAAUUGCGCCGGAGUCAGCUAUCAAAUUCAUGGCAUAUGAGCAGAUCAAAUGGCUGAUCAGAGGCAGUAAGGAGGGUGGCUCUCUAAGAGUUCAGGAACGCUUCAUUGCUGGAUCACUGGCAGGAGCUACAGCUCAGACUAUCAUCUACCCCAUGGAGGUGUUGAAGACGCGUCUGACCCUGCGGAAGACAGGACAAUAUUCUGGCAUGGCAGACUGUGCCAAACAGAUACUGCGUAAAGAAGGAGUGCGCGCGUUCUACAAAGGCUAUGUGCCCAACACACUUGGCAUCAUCCCAUAUGCUGGCAUCGAUCUGGCUGUGUAUGAGACUCUAAAGAACGCUUGGCUACAGCGGUACUGCAUGGGCUCGGCUGAUCCUGGCGUCCUGGUGCUUCUUGGAUGUGGCACUGUGUCCAGCACAUGUGGGCAGCUGGCUAGUUACCCGCUGGCUUUAAUCCGCACACACAUGCAGGCUCAGGCCUCAGCAGAUGGCGCUCCUCAGCUGUCAAUGGUUGGCCAGUUCAAGCACAUUGUGUCCCAUGAAGGCGUUCCUGGACUUUACCGUGGCAUUGCCCCCAAUUUCCUCAAAGUCAUUCCUGCUGUUAGCAUCUCUUAUGUGGUUUAUGAGCAUAUGAAGAAAGCACUGGGAGUGGGAUCUUAAACUAAGACAGAAUCAGAGUGAAAAAGAAAGAGAGAACCUGUAUUAAAAAGAGGACGAUGAAACUCCUGAACCUCGUAAAAAGAGCCUUAGGGAGGCACAGAGGACCCCUAGACAACAGAAUGAAGAAGACAUAGCCAAUGAAUGACCUAAAAACCUCUACAUUGUACGCAAAUCACAUUCCCAUGGCAAUUUAUACUUUAAUAGGAUGGAAGGAUAAUGUUGGGCUAAGGUUGUGUUCAGAGUGUUUCUCUGUGACUGGCAGCUUGGAGAUCUCAGGUUUACUGAAUUACAUCUAUUUACCUGCAGUUUCACAUAAACAACUUCUUAUCUGCAAAGGUGAACACCAUUGAAUAGUACUUCAUUUUACAAGGAAUGUAAUGUUAUUUCCGUGGUGAUAAAUGUGGGGUAAUUGUGUAAAGAAAGAUACCUAAAGACAGGGAGUGAUGGUGACAUGUUGCAGUAUUUGUAGGAGGAUUAACAAAGUUAUUUUUUUUAAAAUGACAACCAAAGUUUCCCUCCUAAAACUGACCAACAUGUUGAAGAAGGUGUUUUAAUGUACGCAUGGGUUUCAUAACAUUUCCGAAUGAUUUAUAAAGCAUGCAUGUUUCAGCAGGGAUUUACACUGUUGUACAGCUCAUAUAUUUUUGUAAAGGUCCGUGAGAGGUAAGCAUGCUAUUUGCUACACUUUAAUGAUCAAAGGAUUUGCACUCUUCAAAUGAUUGUUGAAUUUAUAUCUUAAACUGACCUGUGAUGUUCUUUUGUGACAUCUCUGCUGCUUUGCUACCUUUUUACAGUUUUAGCCUUUUCAGAUAUUUCAGUCUUCAUUGUUAAAGUGGAUUUAGUGUUAAAAUGAAGUAAAUGGUAUAAAUAACUGCCUUGAACAACUUGCAAAUGGAGCAACAACAAGGGUAUUAGAUCAAAAGGGGAGUUUAUUAUUUGUGUUUAUUAAGGAAUGUGCUGUGGUGAAUGCUAAAAAAUGUGUCUGAAAGUAAUUUAUGAAUCUAUACACAAAGGGCUUUUGAGCCACAGGUAGUGCAUGAUGUCAGUGAUUUAAGUGGUUUCGCAAUUUGCAUGUUUUAUGUGUUUCGAAAGCUCUAAUCCAUAUAAGAAAUAUGCAAAGCACGGUUAUAUUUAAAGCUGACAAGAAAUGUGUGUU